AUGGUUGAUCUUUUUCUGCUGUUCUUUGCUCCUUCUUUCUGGCCACAUAGGGCUAUGGCAGACCUUUUUCGCAAGACGUUCGAGUCUUCCCAACCCCGCCCCCAGACACUCUUGAGCUCCCAAGCCUCGAGAACGUCCGGUACCUCUCAUACCCACUCUCAUUCACUUGGUGACUCCCAAGCCAGCUGCACAACGCCUGGUAGCUCCCAGAACCAUUCCAAACCUCCCGGUGCUCCCCAGACCCGUUCACAACCUCCCAGAACAUGCAAAAACAAUGGCUCACAAACACAUGGUCGCUCACGAACUGCCUCACAAGCAUUCGGUGACUCUCACAUUCGUUCACAGCCUCUACCAAAGCGCAGAAAGACAAAGCCUGCUGCAAAGGGCUUGUGUCCUGAACCUUCAUUUCCCACGUGGUGUACUUCAAUGGUGGACCCUGUACUUGAAAUAGCCACCUACCAAGAGUCAGCAUUAAGCGCUCCGGCCAGUUCUGGUAACCCCUCUUGCAGUAUCUGCGAAGGUACCAAUAACGUAUGGACAUGCACCGAGAAUGGGUGCUCUACCGCUGUUUGUGUCAAGGCCGAUAAUCAGUUCGGCUGCAUCUUUAACGUAAGGGUUGGCAAAGAAGCCUUCUUCUGCCCUAGAUGCGUGCAAUUGAAAUUUCUACCCCUUCCGUACAUAAUGAGGACAAAGCCGUGCGAUAGGAGACUUAUGAAGGGAGCAGAAUGUCCCCUCUGGGCGGGUUUCCUUACUUGGGGCCAUGACGGCGAAUAUGCGCAAGAUUUAUCUCUCCUCAUGCUCAUUGAAAGUUUUUCCCUGAGCCCUGAAAAUCUCUCCAUAUUUGUCGGGAAACUGAAGAAGAAAAAACAGGGUCACCAACAACUUGUGAGACCCAGCCUCAAGUGGAUCCGUGAUCGCAAUGGGUUCAGCAACAUGAUGCUUUUCAUCAACGCCCAUAGCUAUGGGGACACAGGGCGCUUGCUUGCCGCAGGAACUCCUGCUAAACCUGACACCCAAUACGUCACCGAUUCUUGCUUAGCUGUGGGCCCUGUGUUCGCAACCAACACAGUUUUGCAAUACUCCGCCACCUUGUUGAGGAGCAAGUACUUUCAUAUACACAGAUCUGUUUUCAACUUUGUGUUUGCAUUCUCUGGUCGUACAACCAUGGAGAAACAGGUCUCGCUCGCGUUGAGCAAGUUUGUGUUCAAUGUCUACAUAUCACGUAUGGAUGUGUGGCAGUCUCUGCUCGAGUCCUUUGGUCAAGACAAAAUGGCGCUUCAAACCACCUCUGUCGCACUGAUCUGGACCGAGUCUAUGCCGAAUAACACCCAUAAGGGCCGGGUGCAUGCAAAGGAUACAGAGACAUUCUCUGGUUCUGAUGGGGCAGAGCCAGAGAUAGCAUAUACCUGCAUACAGUGCAAUCAUAAACGCCGGGUGUCGCAACCUUCAUGGAUUGAAGUAGUCAACGGUGGAAGAGGUCUGGUGGCCUUUCCUUGGCCUUUGAACCUGAACCAAUUGACCGAUUUGGGUAUUAAUCAUGUUCAACCUCUAUAA